AUGUUGUGGAUUCUCUGCCUUCUCAUCGCCGCGCUUACUCGUGGCGACGCGGCCAAGGUGCUGACCCUGACACCGGCCGAUCUGACCGUUCCUGUAGGACAAAAGGUGGUUCUCUAUUGCAACAUUCAGAGGGCUGAUAUUAACAAUAGUGUCAGCUUUUAUAGACAGUUUCCUGGAGAUGCUCCUCAGUACAUUCUGAAUAAUUACCAUUCAUGGUCCAAAUUUUACUAUAGCAACAAAUUCCCCUCCGAUAAGUUCGGUGCGGGAUGGUCCUCUGAUGUGAAUUACUAUAUAAGGAUUCGUCAGGCAAAGGUAGAAGAUUCUGCUGAGUAUUAUUGUAGCACGUGGGAUAGCUCUGUUGGCCCUGACGCGACUCCCCCCAUGGUGACUGUCUUCCCCCCGUCCAAUGACGAGCUCCAGUCCAAAGAGGUCACGCUGGUCUGCGUGGCCACUCUGUCCACCCCGAAUGCUACAGUCACUUGGCAAGCUGGUGGCUGUCUGGCUACGGGCACCAUCGCCACCGGUCCUGCCACACGAGAAGCGACCGGCAACUACAAAAUCAGCAGCUAUCUCACCGUUCAGACGUCUGAAUGGAGCUCGGACAUCCCUUACACUUGUAAGGUGUCUUCGGGCUUACAGUCUGCUCAAAACACCAUCAAAAAGUCCAAUUGUGCGACUUAG